GUGCAAACAACUAAGUUAAGAGUGGAAGCGAAAGUACAUUUGUGCGUUAAAAUUUAAUCAUUGCCGCCAGUGGAAUUGACUUCGAUUGGUUUGGGGAGCAAUCGAUCGCUCCGCUCCGGAUGGGGACGACGACAACGACCUGUGUGUGACGGCGAAGGAAUUUGCUCCGGUCAUGCUUUCGUGAGCCGACCGACCGACGGACCGGCCGGCGGGGAGUUGAAUCGUUUGCCAGCGCAAAGGCCAUGAAUCUUGGCUGCAUUCUGGAACCGACAGCAGCUUGGUUGUGCCUUAAAGGCGGAAGAAAGUUUUCGUCGUGAAUCCUAUCGUCACUCCGGCCGGCAAAGGCCUGUUGUGUUUGUGAGUGUGAAUCGGUGUCAUAAAUAAGAUCCUGCAGUGUGAUUUGCGGCAUUGUGCUGUACAGUACGGUACAACAAGGAUAAAGCAUUGAAAGAACGUACGCAGUUUGUGUCACAACACAGUUGGAAUGGCUAAGAAGAAGAAAUCGCAACCCCCGACGGUGGUUCCGGCGUCGUCCAGUAACCACUUUUACCAGACAAACAACCACCACCACCAGCAGCAGCAGCAGCACUACCUUCCGCCCGGUAAGAAGGUACCGCAGAAAACUCGUGACUCGGACUGCUGCAGCAUCAAUUUCGUAAAAUACGUGCUUCAUAUAUUCAAUAUCAUUUUCUUCAUGUCCGGCCUGGUGAUAAUAGGCGUCACGGUGUGGACCGUGCUGUGGAAACAUCAGUACAUAUCGCUUCUGUCGACGACGAAUUACGCCAUUGGAACCUACUCACUGCUGGCCGCCGGUUUGCUGGCCGUCCUCGGUGGAAUCCUAGGCUGCUGCGGCGUGUGGCGGGAAAACCGUGCAAUGCUACUGGGGUACACCUUCAUUCUGCUGUUCGUUUUUCUGCUGGAAGCCAUCGUCGGCGGUCUGGCGUACCUGUACGAAACCCAGAUCGAGCUGGAGCUGCAGUCCAGCCUGAACAGUACCUUUAUGGAGCAGUACGGUGUCAGCGAACGGCAAACCGAAGCCAUCGACCGGAUGCAACAAACAUUCGGCUGCUGUGGGGCAGUUCGGUUCGAAGAUUGGCGCUACAGUGUAUGGCUGCGGUCCCGCCGGAAGGACCUGAUCCGGCCGACCGAGGGCCGUCGCGUACCGGACUCAUGCUGCAUCAGUAUGACACCCAAAUGUGGCCUCAGCGAUGGUCCCAGCAACAUACCGUACACGGGCUGCAUCUACAAGAUGGCUGACGACCUGCGGCAUCACCUGAUCCUGCUGGGAGCCAUAGGACUUGGCAUUUGCGUCAUACAAGUUUUCGGUAUGAUCCUGUCCUGCUGUCUGUACGUCAAGCUGAAGGAUGUGCUCGAUUGA